AUGGAAACCAGCUACAACACCGCACCGAUCGGUGCUGGUGGCAGCGAGUUCGACAUCAACAUGUUCGACCAGUACGUGUACAAGACAUUUCAUACGCCCUCGUUCGGGGACGAUGAGUUCGAUAUCCAGUCGAUGAACAAUCACCUGCAGCAACCGCAACAGCAGCAGCAACCGCAGCAGCAGCAACAGCAGCAGCAUCAUCAACAUCAGCAGCAGUAUCAGAUGCACAGCAGCUCUCAGCAACAGUCGGGCCAUAUGGUAGGAAUGCUGCAGGAUCAGCAGCAACAGCAACAGCAGCAGUCGAGUUACGGCCAGUGGCAUCAGGAUUUGAACCAUCACAGCCCGUACACGCUACAGUCGCCCAACCAACCGACGUACCACCAGCUGAACGCUAGUCCGAACAACAACCCCACGCUGCACGUGAUGCAGCCCCCCCAGCAGUCCCCCUCGAUGGUGCCCCCCACCCAGCAGCAGCAACAGCUGUCGCCCCAGCAGCAGCAGCAGCAGCAACACCAGCAACAACUCGUCGCCGGAAACGCGCACAGCUUCAUAGGACGUUCGCCACCCCAGAACGGUGUCGGGCAGGGUACGGAGAAUGGCACCACCAGCGACGACAGCGACGACACGAUUCCGGUAGGUGGCGCGAAUUCACUGAAGCGCCCAUCGUCCGAGCCCUCGUACGGAGAGGAGGCCCUGGUGGGCGGAGGGCCACCUGGGAUGAAGGCAUCGGCUGCGGCUGCUGCCGCCGCUGCCGCCGCUGCUGCCGCCGCCGCCGCCAAGAAGCCGAAGGUCACGAAGAAGAAGAAAAAGCGAGAUCCCAACGAACCGCAGAAACCCGUCUCAGCCUAUGCACUGUUUUUCCGCGACACGCAGGCAGCUAUCAAGGGCCAAAACCCGAACGCAUCCUUCGGCGAGGUGUCCAAAAUCGUCGCCUCCAUGUGGGACGUGCUGGCAACGGAGCAUAAAAAUGUGUAUAAAAAGAAAACGGAAGCCGCCAAGAAGGACUACUUGAAGGCGCUCGCCGCCUACCGGGCGAGUUUAGUGUCAAAGGGAACCGAAGGAGAGCAGCAACAAUCACCGCAACAAUCAAUCUAUUCCCCACCACCACAACCAACGAUUCAACAACAAACGCAGCCGCAGCAGCAACCACAGCAGCCGCAGCAUCACCACCAGCAGCAGCAACAGCCCUCGGCCGGCCAGCAGCAUCCGCUGCAGCAGCAGCAACAACACUCACACCAGUCGCAUCCGCACCAACAGCAGCAGAACAAUCACCUGGUGAACCACUCGAAGCAUUCGCCGCAGAACGGACCGUCCGUUGCGCAAGCCCCCGGUCACCUGCAGCACAUGCAAGGGCUGCAACAGCAGCAGCAACAACAACACUCAAACUAUGCGCCGUCGUACGCAUCGUCGUACAAACCAUCCCAGCAGGCUAUGAUGCAAAUGUCCCAUCAGCAUCAAAAUCUUCAUCCCGGACAAGUAUCGGUCUCGUCGCAACAGCAGCAACACCAAACCGCAACUUCCCAUCUGCACGGCCAAAUGAUACCGAUGAACUCGCAACAGCAGAUGCUAACACACCACCAGCAGCAGCAACAACAGCAACAGCAGCAGCAACAAUCGCACAUGAGCAUGGCUCAGCAGCAGCACGGGCUAAGUGCGACGCACAACGCCUCGAGCGUCGGCCACCAGUCGAUGAUGAAUUUACCGAUGGCCCAACAGCCGCACUACAUGAUGAACCAGCAGAUGUCCCACCAGCAGAUGCAACAGAUGCAGCAACAGCAGCAGCAGCAGCAACACAUGCAACAGCAACAGCAUCUGCAACAUCAGCACAUGCAGCUGCAACAGCAGCAACAGGAUCAACAGCUGCAGCACCAAGAACAGCAGCAACAGCAUCUGCUCCAGCCGGAUCAAGAUCAGCAGCAACACCUGCACCAUCAGCAUUCCGGAAUGCACUCGCAGGGAGUCGUCGGAGACGAAAUGAUGGGCCAGCAACAGCAACAACACCAACAGCAGCAGCAACAACAGCAGCAGCAGCAACUUGCCCAAAAUACAAUGCCCCGAAGCCAGGUGAAGUACGCACCAACGGCGCAAUUUGUUGCAAGUCAAAAGUGCAUCCGAAUCGGAUGCAACAACGUUGCCAUCGAAAAUCCUGACUGGGAGGAUGAAUACUGCAGCCAGGAAUGCGUUAUCUCGCACUGUCGGGCCGUGUUUGCCAGUUUCCAAAAGGACUGCUCUCAGGGUAAUGUAGCGCCACAGCAACAGUCCUUUUCAACCGUGAAAUAA